AUGGUACAGAGGCGGCAAAUCAGGACAAUGCCGCUCGACAGCGCAGGCCUUUGCACCACCUCCUACGAUGUUCUUGAGCUCUCAGAGUUUGUUUUGCCUGGAUGGUCUGUUGUAAAUUCUACACGGCUGUGGUUCCGGGACGGCUCUUACAUGUUCGUAUACCUGUGGGAGCGGGGCGACAGGUCGCCUCGAAUUGAGACGCAAAUUUUGGCGGUCCCUGACUUGCUUGGUACAGGUAGCAACGUUGGACAAGGCCUGUAUGCUUCCACACGUGACCCACCUGAUGUGGAGGCAAGCCUACACAUUUCAGAUUCCUGGCAAGCCAAGCCACAGCGUGAUAUCUGCUUCUCCCCCUGGCGUGGAGGUUCUCGCGAUCUACUCUGCAGCAGGCUCCGGAGUCGACUGCUGCCCUGA